UUUAAGAUUUCAUAAAUUGUCUCAAAAUGCCGGAUCCCACGGAACCCCCACCAGCAGCGGAGCCUGAUUCUACUGCACCACACCCACCACCACCCGCACCCGCGGAGGGUGGAGAUGCCGCCGCCACGACCACUCCCGCCCCACCACCUCGAACUUCCAACGCUGCACCACCAGCGGAAUCAUCUGACCGGAAGUCCAAGAUUUUGGACCAAGCUGCUCCUCCCUCCGAGGAGAAGAGAAAGUCCGAACCCGUCUCGCGACCGAAAGAGGGAAAAGGCGCCAUCGCCACGGCGGACAAGGGCGCGGUCGAGCUGGCAGGAAAAGUCAAAAACUUUUUCUCUCAAGCGGAAGGACAAAGGCUCAAGGACGAAGCCACCAAACCACUCCGGCGUCCGAAGAAAAUUUAUCAAAACAGCUACCGUCUCGAGGCCCAUGUUCCCUACAGUCGAGACCGCGUGCAAAAAAUACUGGAAGCCACGCUGGAGGAAAUGAUCUCGGGCGUGUACUACGUCGCGGAUACGGCGAGCGACUUGGCGAUAAAGAUGGCCGAGAAGAUUCGUCAACGCGUCCUCGCCCUCAAGUUUGACCGCUACAAGGUGAUCGUGAUGACGAAUGUGGGGCCCUUGAAUCGUCAAGGUGUCCACAUCGGGUUUCGUGGUCUCCUCGACGCGGAACGAGACACGUACAACAUGGCCACGGCAAAGUCCAAUCACGCCUUCGCUACGGCGGUCAUUUACGCCAUUUAUAUCGAAUAAUGCUCCAUCCAUGAGUACACUUGAUUAGUUAAUAAAAAAAAUAA